GAACCUGGGGAAAUCUGGACUGAGGGUGUCGUGCCUGGGGCUGGGGACAUGGGUCACUUUUGGAGGUCAGAUCUCAGAUGAAGUGGCCGAGCAGCUGAUGACCAUCGCCUACGAGAGCGGCGUCAACCUCUUCGACACAGCCGAGGUCUACGCGGCCGGCAAGGCUGAGGUCAUCCUGGGAAACAUCCUGAAGAAGAAGGGCUGGAGGAGGUCCAGUCUGGUCAUAACCACAAAACUGUACUGGGGUGGAAAGGCUGAGACGGAAAGAGGGCUUUCGAGAAAACACAUCAUCGAAGGGCUGAAGGCGUCUCUGCAGCGGCUGCAGCUGGAGUACGUGGACGUCGUCUUCGCCAACCGCCCCGACAACAACACCCCCAUGGAAGAAAUUGUCCGAGCGAUGACGCACGUGAUCAACCAAGGCAUGGCGAUGUACUGGGGCACGUCGCGCUGGAGCGCCAUGGAGAUCAUGGAAGCCUACUCCGUAGCCAGGCAGUUCAACAUGAUACCGCCCGUGUGCGAGCAAGCCGAAUACCAUCUUUUCCAAAGAGAGAAAGUGGAGGUUCAGCUGCCGGAAUUAUAUCACAAAAUAGGGGUGGGAGCCAUGACCUGGUCCCCACUAGCCUGUGGGAUCAUCUCAGGGAAAUACGGCAACGGGGUCCCUGAAAGCUCAAGGGCUGCACUGAAGUGCUACCAGUGGCUGAAGGAGAAGAUCAUAAGCGAGGAAGGCAGGAAGCAGCAGGGGAAGCUGAAGGACCUGUCGCCCAUCGCCGAGCGCCUGGGCUGCACGCUGCCGCAGCUGGCCGUCGCGUGGUGCCUGAGAAACGAGGGGGUGAGCUCCGUCCUGCUGGGAUCUUCCAACCCCGAGCAGCUGAUCGAGAACCUCGGAGCCAUACAGGUCCUUCCAAAGAUGACAUCCCAUAUUGUAAAUGAAAUAGAUAAUAUUCUGGGAAAUAAGCCCUACAGCAAGAAGGACUACAGAUCGUAACGCGGUGCAUGACUUCCCUGGACUGCAUGGUUCAAAACCUGCUCUGUACAGACGUACAGCCCCGAGUUCCUAUCCGGCCAUGAGAAUCAUUCAGCAGCUUGCUGCUCGGUGUCUGCUGUCACUGGGUCCUUCGAGACGUGUGCUCUUGCUACUAACCUGCAGUGAAAUCUAAAAGCACAGUUGAUCUCUCUUCUAGCCGAGGAUACUCUCGUAUUUUCUUACCUUCGACUGAAUCCAGUAAUUUUUACGUUACUCUUAGCACCUCAUGCUUGUGCUGUGACAAACACAUGUGAAGCAAAAAA